AUGAAGUUCAUGAUUUUGCUGGGUCUGGUAGUGUUGACCACUCAACACCCACGCGUGAGCCCCUCUGGCUACGGCAACAAUAAUGCAGGCGAUGUACAGUAUGCAGCAGGAAAAUCACCACAUAACAAACCUGUGGACUACACUUCAGGAACCGGUGACAAUUCACCCAAAUACGUCAAGCCAGUAGGUGGAAGCGCUGGAUCAUAUCGACCACCGCAUGAUACUCCCACUUACGCUGCCAUCCUUGUACCGAAUUACAAUGUUAUUGGAAACAAGAUCGAUUCGCAGAACCUUGGGCAGAUCAAUACCCAGGGACAGCAAAAUGUUCAAAAAGGUGGUGAUCAGACUAACGUUGGAGCUAAUGCCAACCAAGUCAAUGUCGGUCAAGCUAACACUCAGGGAGGAGCAGUAAGCGGAUAUCGGCCAUCCUAUGAUGUUCCUACUUACGCAGCCGUACUCAUCCCGAACUACAAUGUCAUUGGAAACAAAUUCGACUCUCAAACCCUCGGACAGAUUAACACACAAGGUCAGCAAAACAUUCAAAAGGGUGGUGAUCAGACUAACGUUGGAGCUAAUGCCAACCAAGUCAAUGUCGGCCAAACCAAUACCCAGGGAGGAGCCAGCGGUAGCUACCGCCCAUCCUACGACGUUCCUACCUAUGCAGCUGUGCUUAUCCCGAAUUACAAUGUUGUGGGGAACAAGAUCGAUGCUCAAACUCUUGGGCAGAUCAACACCCAAGGACAACAAAACGUACAAAAAGGAGGUGAUCAAACCAACGUCGGACUCAACGCUAACCAAGUUAACGUCGGUCAAGCAAACACCCAAGGAAGUGCUGGUGGCCGUUACCAACCAUCGUACGACGUUCCCACUUACGCCGCUAUACUCAUCCCUAACUACAACGUCGUCGGUAAUCGGUACGACGUACAAAAUCUCGGACAGGUUAGCAAUCAAGGACAACAGAAUGUACAGAAAGGAGGUGAUCAAACUAACGUUGGAGCCAAUGCAAACCAAGUUAAUGUCGGUCAAGCUAACACCCAGGGUGGACCUGCUGGAGGGUACAGACCUUCUUACGAUGUUCCCACAUAUGCUGCUGUUCUGAUUCCAAACUACAAUGUGAACACCCAAGGUCAAACAAGUAUACAGAAAGGCGGUGAUCAGACCAAUGUAGGUAGCAAUGCUAACGCCGUAAACGUCGGACAGGUCAACAACCAGGGUAAAGCAGGCGCACAACCUAGCUACGAUGCACCACGCAAUCGUGGUCCAACCACAAUUGCUGGGAACAAAGUUAAACAACAAAACCUUGGACAGUAUAACAAUCAGGGACAGAGAAAUUACCAACAGGGAGGAGCCCAGACUAAUCUAGGUUAUAACAAGAACGUCGUCAACGUCAGUCAGAGCAACACUCAAAGUGUUGGUGGACAAAACUCUGCCAGGACGCAAAUAUCGCGCCCUGCGCUGGUCCGAAGGCAACAGGGAGGCGGAGUCUGGAUGACCCAUUGCGGUUCUGGCGACUGGGCGCUAAAUGGUGGAGAAGCAACCGUGAUUAUGGGAGGGGUGAAGCAGGCCAGCAGCGGCCAGGCGAUUUUCGCGGGUACCUCUUGUCCUGCAUCCGUUCUUAUCAGCUUGAUGGUACGGUUCAAGAAAAGAAGGCAUGGAAUUCAGCAUCAACCGAACCGACAUGGCAGGAACAACAGUGUUGCAUGUAAUGUACAAGGUUUUGAAGAGGACCAUCCUGGAUACGCUAACAAGACAUCGCAAAGAAACCAAGCGCGACGAACAAGCAGGCUUUCGUUCUGGUCCACCGACGAGGCAGCGGUAUUCGAAGCUUCUCUGGACAUCGAAGCCGCUUUCGACUCUCCUCUUCAAGGACGUCUUCUUAACGCGCUGCGCGCCAUUUUGAUUUCAGGAAAAUUCGUACACCUAAUAAGCGACAUGGAUAGAAGAACAACUGCUGCUGUUCGAACACCAACUGGAUGUACCACACCUUUCGAAGUGUAA